AUGACCUGCCAGGCCUUCAGCACCACUGAUUCCUUCACUACUCUGAGCGGAGACUCGGCCGCUCUGCCGCUGCUCAUGCAUCACACCGGAGCCGCAGACUGUCUGCCCGUCACCAGCCACACCGCCAACAUGAUGCCUUCAGUGUCUGGUUUAUUCCCCUCAGGUCUGCCACUGGUCCAGUCGUCCAAACGCUCUCAUAUGCACCUGUCCGCUUCUGCUUUGGGCAAUGCAUCAGCCAGCCUGCACUACCCAAUGCCCCCAUGUCACUAUAGCAACCAGCAGACCACCUACGGCAUGAUGGCAGGAGCUCUGGCUUCACGCCUCUAUAAGUUCCCAGAGCACAGUUUGGGUGGGGGCUCCUGUGCUUUGACCCACAGUUUACCGCCGCUGCCCCAGGCCCUGCUCAUGGACGAGCCCACCCUAGGAGACAUCAAGCAGGAGCUGCGCAGGAAAAUCCGGCCCCUGGAAGAGCCGCCCGACAUGGACUCACCUCAGAUCCGUGAACUGGAGAAGUUUGCUAACGACUUCAAACUGAGGAGAAUCAAACUAGGUUACACACAGACCAAUGUUGGUGAAGCGCUGGCGGCUGUGCACGGCUCUGAAUUCAGCCAAACCACCAUCUGCCGCUUCGAGAACUUGCAGCUCAGCUUCAAAAACGCCUGCAAGCUCAAAUCCAUCCUGGCAAAGUGGCUGGAGGAGGCUGAGCAAGCCGGUGCUCUUUUUAAUGAGAAGAUGGGCAUGCAUGAGCGUAAACGCAAACGGAGAACAACCAUCAGUCUUGGGGCUAAGGAAGCCUUAGAAAGGAAUUUUGUGGAGAAGAGUAAGCCAUCAUCUCAGGAGAUUGUGCGGAUGGCGGAGGGUCUCCAUCUGGAGAAGGAGGUGGUGCGCGUUUGGUUCUGUAACCGCCGGCAGAGGGAGAAGAGGGUCAAAACCAGCCUACAUCACAGCUCCUUCAUGGCCAAAGAGACCGCAGCCUGUAGACCUUGAAGAUCCAGGGUCUCAGCGAUGCUGAUGUGUGACUAGCUACUGGCAAAAAAAAAAACACCACCAACCUUUGGCAGUGAGUGGGUUUAUUGUACCGAUU